AUGUUCUCUUAUAACGACGGUUCCAGAUUGUAUGCAACUCGAUUUGUAAUCAUAUUCACUGAUGGUUUGAUGGCUGCAAGUAGAGAACUUAAAACUCAAGCAGAUCAUUUACGAAGUUUUUCAAAUAUGAUUGUUGCUACUGUUGGUGUUGGUUCUUCCGUAAAACAUGAUCAUCUUGAACUUAUUUCUUCAGACUUCAACUCAGUUCUUCGCCCAGCAGCAAAUAGCUUUUGGAAAUAUCUGCAAUCGUCCCUGGCUGUUCCUGCAUGUCUUGCUUGUAAAGUGGAUUUUGGUGGUGAAAUACGCAUUCUGCUUGAGAAUUCAGGAUCCCUAACACAUGAAGUCUUCAAAGAAGGUAGACAGUUCAUUUAUACUUUGAUCGAAAAACUCACGUCUAUUAAUUUAACGAAUGUAAAUGGAUCAGUGGAUAUAUUCAGUGAUGAAGUAACAGAGACAAUUCCGCUUCAAAAUAUUUCUGGAAUAGACUAUAAACUUGGAGGACUUUCCAUUGUUGAACAUACUGAGAAAAAGGUCAACCAAUCAUUGCUGUUACAGCACAUCAAAGAUAUUGGGAUGACGUCAUCGUCCACCAGUUUUAUUAUAUUUAUAUCGAAUGGCGUCUUCCUUGAUUCUCAUUUAAUACAAACACUAAAACACUCAGUAAAUGAGAAAUCAAUCAUAGUAUCUGUAGGAAUUGGUGAAGACACUAAUUGGGACAAUGUAGAAGAUUUGGCAACCUAUGGCUAUUUUGUAUUCUCUAGUGACGAUGCACAUCUUCUAGCACGUUAUUUGAACAAAGAAAUGACAACAACGACAUGCACAUAG